AGAAUUAAACAAAUAAACAAUCCAAAAAGGAGAUCUAAUAUCUUGUAUACUUACUUGACUAUGUAUCAUACUGUAUAUCCAUCACAAAUGAUGGUGCAAAUAAUGGGAGGACACCAAACAAGUGGACAAUGUCCACCAACACAAAAUCACACUUUGCACAUUAAUGGUGUAAAUGCAUUGCAUCAAUCUGAUUUCUCACAAUACGGUCCGAACAUGUCCUCUGGACACAACAGGCAUCGUACGAUACAGACAGGAUCUCCACUGGAUUUAUUACAAUUAAUAGGUGUCGAUGUACCAUCAUUACGACGUAUAGAAUACAUACAAUCGAACAAUAAUUCAUCUUCUAUAAAUUGGGAAAGACGCAUAAAUACAUCCAACAACUCGUCAAUUAUACCAUUUUCAAAUUAUAAUUUCAAGCCUACAAAUACUAAUUCGACAAAGAAACCAUGUUGGAAUAACAGAAAUAGCAGACGGUGUUCAUAUAGGAAUUUCUCAAAAUACGAGGCAUAUAAUAGUGAUAGUGGGUUUAGUUCUCGUUCACCAACUCCAAAUAAACAUUUCAUUGACAAUAGUUUAACAGAAUCUUCAGACGAACGAGAUUCUACAAGUUCAGUAAGAGGACAGUGGCUAAACAAAAAGCAUCAUAAAGUAUAUCCGGAUAAUAGAGCAUAUAAUAAUACAGUAGAUGGCUUAAUUUCAAAUGCUUCUGCACAUCAGUUUUAUCCAGCUCAACGGGCCAAUAGUUACGGUACUUCCACUCCGAGAUCACAUGUGCAAAAUUAUCAAAACAGAAGACGAUAUUUGUCAGGCAAGAAUGAAAAUGCAUCUUCACAAAGAUUUUCACGAAAUCGUAAAUAUUCUGAAGUAUCGAAUUAUGAUAUGUUUCCCGGAUGUAUUGCAGCUCCUGAUAGAUUUCUUGCCAGAUCUCAUUUAGUACAAGUAACUUCUGUACCGAAUAAUCUCGUUAUUGGAUCAUCAUGGGAUGAUCUAUCCGAACAAAUUUGGUGUAAAUUUAUUGCGCACCAACAAACCGAAGUUACUUAUAGAAAGAAAAUGAUGUUAUGGAAGCAUCUUAACACAUACAUGAAGACUUUAUAUCCAAACUGUAGUGUAUUUGUGGUUGGUUCAACAAUGAAUGGAUUUGGUUCAAAUGAUAGCGACAUUGAUGUGUGUCUUUUAAUGAAACACGCGGAACUGGAUGUGAGAUGCAUAGCUAUAGAACAUUUAUUAGAAGUGCUAAAGCACCUUAAACAAAGUAAUUUCGUCGAACAACUCGAAAUUAUACAUGCAAAAGUACCUAUUAUCACGUUCUUUGAUAUAGUACGAAAAUUUAAAGUCGAUUUAAAUUGUAACAAUUCUGUUGGCAUUAAAAACACACGUUUACUAUAUUGCUAUUCCAAACUUGAUUGGAGGGUAAAACCAUUAGCGCUUGUUGUUAAACUUUGGGCUCAGUGGCAUAAUAUCAAUAACCCAAAGUGUAGGACACUGUCCAGUUACUCUUUAGUUCUCAUGGUUAUACAUUUCUUACAAUGUGGUACCAAUCCUCCUGUUCUUCCAUGCUUGCAUUCAAUGUUUGCAAACAAAUUUAAGUCGGACGCAGAUAUUUAUAAUAUCAAUAUUCAUGAAGAUUUGAACAUUCCAUCGUCCAGUCAUUUACCUGAGAAUCAUCAAUCUUUAGGGGAAUUACUAUUUGAAUUUUUCAAAUAUUAUGUUGAAUUUGACUUCAAUCAAUACGCGAUAUCCGUACGUUUAGCAAGCAAAAUACCGAAAGAGGAAUGUCGUAUGGUACAAUCAUCUAAAAAUGAUCCUUAUCAAUGGAAAUAUCUGUGUAUUGAAGAGCCAUUUGACUUGACUAACACAGCUAGAUCAGUUUACGAUCCGGACAUAUUCUCUAAAAUUAUAUUCAUAUUAAAUAUUACAUAUACAAGACUAAAGCGAAGAUAUAAUUUAAACGAUGUGUUUGGCGAGAUACAUUUAAUGAUGAUUGGUACCGAAUGGGAGCUAACGAUAAGUGACGAAGAAUGAUAAGGUCGUCUUAUGUGACGUGUUUACCUUGUGAUAUUGAGCCUUAUUUU